UAUAAAAAUUUAGUAAUUCUUUUGUUAAAGAAUGGCUAGUAAAUAAAGUAAGGCUCACACUCUUGGAUCUUUAACUUAAAAUAUUUAUUGAAAAUAUUUUAGACAUAAAACGACUUUUACAUAAGCUCGUAAAUACUAGAUAACGGAAAUGAAUGUAAUCGUGACUGACUUAACAGUUGAUCCAAAUGCUACAGACUCACCUCCUAGAUUUUAUGGUGGAAUCGAAGGACCCGAUGCCGCUUAUGUGGAACUAAUUUCAGCUGAUGGCCAUAGCUUUAUUAUCCGAAAAGAUCAUGCUUUCACCUCAGGUACUAUCACCGCCAUAUUGUCUGGACCGGAUCAGUUUGCUGAGCAUGAGCCAAACCAAAUACAGUUUAAGGAAAUAGAAUCUCAUGUUUUACAUAAGAUUUGCAGUUAUUUUCAAUACAAAAUCAACUUCACUAAUUGUACAUCUAAUAUUCCUGAAUUCCCAAUUGAACCGGAGAUUGCAAUAGAUUUACUAAUGGCUGCCAAUUUCUUAGAUUGCUAAGUAAUGAAGGAGACUUGUGGACGAUGAAUUAUAAUAUAAAUUGUAAAAUUUUCAAAAAUUU